CGCACCUGGCCUCCACUGUGGUUUUGAGGAGGCAGAGGAAUGAUGAUGGUGAAAGUGGCUGCAUUAUGCUCACAGCUAGCACAGGCUCAGAUAAGGCAUGUUCCUUUCCUUCUCCCGAGUUCUCAAGCUCUCUCCCUGUCUCGCCCACCCUCUCCCCACCUCUCCAGGGCUCAGCCUGUUGCUGCUUCCCUUGCUCCUGGUUCAAGCUGGUGUCUGGGGAUUCCCAAGGCCCCCAGGGAGGCCCCAGCUGAGCGUGCAGAAGCUGCAGAGGGAGUUCACGGUCAGCCUGCAUCUCGCCAGGAAGCUGCUCUCCGAGGUUCGGGGCCAGGCCCACCGCUUUGUAAGUCCCCAAAAUGCAGCUGGUGCUGGGGAAGGGCAGACCCCCAAUCCCUUCUGGCCCCCACUAACAGACCUUGUCCCCCAGGCGGAAUCUCACCUGCCAGGAGUGAACCUGGACCUUCUGCCCCUGGGAGAGCAGCUCCCCGAUGUUUCCCUGACCUUCCAGGCCUGGCACCGCCUCUCUGACCUGGAGCGUCUCUGCUUCCUCUCCACCACGCUUCAGCCCUUCCGUGCCCUGCUGGGAGGGCUGGGGACCCAGGGCCGCUGGACCAACACGGAGAGGAUGCAGCUGUGGGCCAUGAGGCUGGACCUCCGUGAUCUGCAGCGGCACCUGCGCUUCCAGGUGCUGGCUUCGGGAUUCCACCUCCCGGAGGAGGAGGAGGAAGAGGAGGAGGAGGAGGAAGAGAGGAAGGGGCUGCUCCCAGGGGCACUGGGCAAUGCCUCACAGGGGCCGGCCCAGGUGUCCUGGCCCCAACUCCUCUCCACCUACCGCCUGCUGCACUCCUUGGAGCUCGUCUUAUCUCGGGCCGUGCGGGACUUGCUGCUGCUGUCCAAGGCCGGGCACUCAGUCUGGCCCUUGGGGUUCCCAACAUUGGGCCCCCAGCCCUGAUUGGGUGGCUUCUUAGCCCCCUGCCCCUCACCCUUUAGUACUUUAGGACUGGAGUCUUGGCAUCAGGG